UCCAAAUACUGUAUGUCUCCAAUAUUCAACAAUGAGUGUACGCACUACAGUUGAUACAGUACUUCCGGACACGGUUUAUAUGUAUGUAUUUUGCUUUGUAUCACUAUUUAGGUUUGGAAUAUUUGUUUGCGUUACUAUGCAAUACACCUGUGUAGUACUGUGUUUCCUGUUUUCGAUAAUUCUGAAACACAAAUUUUGAAGUCGCGAGUAAAAGUUAUCUGCGUCCAGGAUAGCAGAACGGAAAGGUCACAAUAUGUCCCAGCUGGAAUGUGAACUGCAAGGCUGCAUGCGCAAAGCCAGACAGUACGAAAUGGAAAACCCUAACGCGCUGCGCCAGCUUACUCAGCGCAAGGUUGCACACAUCCUGAUCAGAUGCGCCAGGAGGCAUACUAAAGGUCAGACAUGCAAUCAGUGUGAAUAUGGCGCUCCCGGAAAUCAGACUCAAGCUGCCCACCGGAAGUCGGGAGCCUGUCGGACAUCCCCUCCUACUCCGGCAGAUAAUCCGCGCAGCCCUGUGACAUCCGUCUGCCGGUGUUCACCAGGCAGCUGUGAUGCGACACCUGACCGUUGUACACGCACAUCAACAUCCGGUCGCACAAGAUCGCCCAGCAGAUGCUCCGGAUCCUGUUCGGAUGAUAAGCGAUCCCCUUCGCCGGAUCGACGAUCCGUGCAGACUGUAGUUUCAACCCGAUCCUCCAACAAUCAAUCCCAGAAUAAAACAAGGAAAAAAUCUCAGUGUACAGAGUCUAAUUCUUUUGACAGACCUGCAAGAAGCAUCAGUCUCACUUGUGAGCAGGCUAUACGUAAACGCAGACCGAGUCGAACCCGAGCAACGACAUCCAGGAAGCGAAAGGUCACGUAAAUGAACCCCUUUCUAGACUUGAAACUAUGCACUGGCAUGGUGUAUGUAUCAUAUAUAUAAUUAACUGUGUAGUCUUUCAUGUUUUAUCGUCUAUGGAAAAAAACUAGCGUGAAAUUCACAAACAGGCUUUUAAAUUACUAAGCCACUUAAACGCUGUUCUCUUGUUUUUUCCGAUUAGGUUUUAAUUUAGCUUCGCAUUGUGUUUUAUGCGCGCACAAUAUCACGAGUAGAAUACGCGCUUUCUAACCAUAAACGCGCAUAAUAGGCGUCGUUUAACAUCGAUGAUCGCUUAAUACGAUUUCAGUGAACGACUUUGUAACCCAUACCAAUUAAAUCUAUCUGCCGGUUUUAAUGAAAUGGCAAUUAUUAAAAAUCUUUCUAAUGAUUUUUUCCAGUUAAUCAGCAUCUGUGCUUAUCAGAUAUCGAUUGCAAAUGAAAAUAAAAUUGUUUUAGAUGCGACAAUUAUAUUUUAUUUUUUGGGAAAUUUGGUAUGCAUCGAUGCUAUGCGAGCAAAUC